UUGAGGAACUUCCACUCUUUUAGUGUUCAUAACCAUGUCUGGUCGUGGUAAAGGCGGAAAGGGCCUCGGGAAAGGCGGCGCCAAGCGCCACCGCAAGGUUUUGCGGGACAACAUCCAGGGCAUCACCAAGCCCGCAAUCCGCCGCCUAGCCCGGCGCGGUGGAGUGAAGCGCAUCUCCGGCCUCAUCUACGAGGAGACCCGCGGUGUGCUGAAGGUGUUCCUGGAGAACGUGAUCCGCGACGCCGUCACCUACACGGAGCACGCCAAGCGCAAGACCGUCACCGCCAUGGACGUGGUCUACGCGCUCAAGCGCCAGGGCCGCACCCUCUACGGCUUCGGCGGCUAAACUAAACAGGUUCACAACUUUGUAUAAAAAGGCCCUUUUUAGGGC